AUGAUGACAAACGAAGAAAUACAAAAUUUGUACUUUCAAGUUAAAUUGUCGAAACAAAGGCGAAAAUGUCCUCGUUGUUCAUCUGAUACUCAAAUAGAAUGUUCCGAUGAUGCUUUUUUGCGACGCAAAUGGAAAAGAUGCAGAUUGUUAUUUACUAUCUGGAAAAGCACCUUUUUCAAACACGCACAUCUUAACAAUAUUUUAUUGCCUAAGAUAAUUAAAUUAUGGUUUACAGGUGCUUCUUGUGGUCUAAUGGCGCACAUAUUAGGCUGCAGUAAACAAAAUAUAGUCAAUACUAUAAAUAAACUGCAGAUCUUUAAUAUUUAUGAGCGUUAUUUUAAAGACGUAAAACAAAUUAUUGAGGAAACAACAUCGUUGUAG